GCAACCCUUCACUAGAUAGCAGCUUGAUUGAUUUUUGAGAUUCGAGAUUCGGUCCAGGGGCCAGGCCAGCUGUUUGCUGCACCGACUGCAUUGCGCUUGCCUGAACUGUAUGCACUUGGAAAACCUUUCCAGACCUAGCCCAGAUUUAAUAUUAGCCAGUCUGCCCUCUGCCGUCAUCAUGUCGACCGCUGUGGACGUUAGGAUCAACGAUGAGUUGCAGGCGUUGCAAGCGAUACUGAUAAAUGGGGUCGCAGUUAAAGACGAAGAUGGUGUACCCAGGGUCAUAGAAACGGUUGUACACCCUUCUACGGGCGACAAAGUCGAGCAGCAGUAUGUUUGCGUGACGUUGGAAGUGAUUUUGACUCCGGAUUAUCCAGAGAGCAGUCCCGAGGUGAUCCUGAGGAACCCUCGGGGCCUUGACGAGGCGGUGGUAUCUAACAUUCAUUCGAAAAUAAAGGAAAAGUUGGAUUGUCAUAUAGGCAACCCGAUUCUUUUUGAAUUGAUUGAGAUAGUGCGCGAGUACCUGACUCAAUGCAACCUGCCGAGCGGGCAGUGCGUCAUCUGCCUGCACAACUUCGUCAACGGCGACGAGUUCAUCAAGACGCCGUGCUACCACCACUUCCAUAGCCACUGCCUGUCCAAGCACCUCAUCAACAGCCGCAAGUACUAUGACGAGGAGAUGGAGAAACUGCCCAACUGGCAGCGCGUUGAGGCUACGCCUUACAAGCAAACUUGCCCUGUCUGUCGCUGUGAGAUCUCGUUCGAUGUGAAGACAUUGGAGCAAGCCCCGCCGCCUGUGGACUCUGUCAAUGCUCCACCCUUCAUGCUCACUGAUGAUUUGAAGGCUCUACAGGAGCGCAUGGCGGCGCAACUUGCUCGGCAAAUCGCUCGCGGCGGCGUGGUGGGCUCUGGAGACGACGGGCCACCCCUUCUGACUAUCACCACUGCGGCCGACAAAGAGCAGGAAGUCAAGCCCUCCACCAGCGCCGUUCAGGCGGCCAAGCCCGAACCUCGGCCUAGCACCUCUGCUGAGGCUACGCCUGAAGUCGAGCGACAACAAUGCCGCGUCCCAUUCCGCGGCUUCAACCGGCGCGCCAAGCCGGGACGUCGCGAGCGCGGCGCUCCGCGGUGACCCGCUUGCCGCGCCCUCUCGCCGCCCGCCGUAUAGCGCGCCCCACCCCCACCAGCUCUCCACUCGUACCCCACACCACCACCGGUAAGCUCCAAUGACCAACUCUCACCGUUCCAGCUGCACACCGUCUCGGAGCAAUCUGACCAACUUGACUACGUCUCCUUCCCCCUUGUGCCUAAAUACACAUAUCCUUACAUAUUCAAACGUGGAAUACAUCGAACUUUUAUUUAUAUUCGGGUUGCAUUCAAAUUUGGAACACACACAGAUCAAAAUAUAAUUCAGGACCUUAAGUUUGGAAUAUAUAAAUACAUUUUCAAACGUGGAAUAGAUCGGAUUUUUAAGUAUCCUUGUGUUGCAUUCAAAUUUCGAACACACACAGAUCUAAAUACAAUAAAUGUUCUUAUGGAAUUCAAGUUUGGAAUAUAUAAAUACAUUUUCAAACAUGGAAUACAUCGAACUCUUAUGUAUAUUCUGGUUGCAUUCAAAUUUGGAACACACACAGAUCAAAAUAUUAUAAAUUUUAUUAUGGAAUUCAAGUUUGGAAUGUAUAAAUACAUUUUCAAACCUGGAAUAGAUCGUAAUUUUAAGUUCCCAUGUGUUGCAUUCAAAUUUGGAAUAUAUAGAGGAAAAAAUAUUAUACAGUUUAAAUUAGGAAUAUGUAUAGAUCAAAAUUUAAUAUGUACUAGUUCGGUUUCAAUAUACGAGAUAUAUACAGAACAAAAUUUCAUAUACUCCAGCACACAGUUUACAUUAGAAUUAUGUACAAAUUUAAUAUACUGUAUCACAGAUUUUAAAAUUACGAUAAAUACAGAUGAAAAUUUAAUGUACUCUAGCAGAAAAUCUAUAUUUAGAAUAUAUUCAGAUCAACAUGAAGUAUAUUCUGAAACAAAUUCCAAAUUUAGAAUGGAAACAAGUUAUAAAAGUUCAAAACAAAAUUAUAUAAAAAACAAAUUGUUCCAGUCUUACCAAAAAAACUAUACACAGGAAACUAAAAAUACACUAGUAACAAUUAAAUCUUGGAUUAUUCAAACUAUUACUAAGACAAGCUUUAAAACUGAACAACAUAAGACUUAUUUAAACAAACGCUCAAUAUACAUGCUUUAUACUUAUAUACAUUAUAUAAGUGUAAAGCAGACUUUGUGGGAUCGAAGUUCAUAUUAUAUUUAUAUAAUAUUGUGUCAAAUUUUAUAUACACAGGGUCCUUUUUUAUGUUAACCGACCAAAGUCGGGUUACGAGACUGACAAUUUACCCUAGUUCACUAUAUACACUUACAUAGUUAUUUGAUUGCCAAAUAUAUUGCAAAAUAUAUGUUAUACGCCUGUGUGACAUACAUUUAUCUUUAUGUAUAUUGUAUACCUCAUAUAAAAGCAACGAAUUCAUUUGCCAAUAUUGCGAAUUGUUGUAAUCAAUUUAAAUAUAAUAUUACAAAAGCUUUGCUAAUUAUACGUUAUAUACCACUAUGCACCAAUAAAGUUAUAAUAGCUAUUAUUUUUUUUUUUAAUUUCGCAUAACUCCAAAUACCUAAAUAUUAUAUAUAAAACAUACAUUUUAAAUGAAAGCGCACAAUAUAUUAUCAUUGCAAUCUAUUUUAUAAUAAUAAACUAAGUCUUAAGUCUUAUACUUUAUUAAUUCUGUCUUGUCAAGUACUUUACAUUUACAUUCCAUCAUUCUUUUUUUUGUACAAUGUGUAAAUGUAUAAUGUUGAAAUUCGAUGCCACAAAUAUUAUAUAUUUUUUUUGCUAAUCACAAUCCGUCAAGCGUGCAUCGAUCUUGUAAAAAGUGGCAUAUCUUAAAAAAAAAUGCUAAAAAAAUGUAAAAAAAAAUUGCCAGUUACAAGAUCGAGUCACGCUUUGCUCAACGGUGACAGUUGUCAAUUGGACUUGCCACGGAAGAUGGCGGGGCGGCACAAUAUUUUUUUUUCGUUAUACCCUAAGAGUUCGUGGAAAAUUUCAAGGAGGUGCUUGGUACGAAUUAUGUUUCUUAUAUAUUGGUGUAAAGCCUACUAAUAGUUUGUCAGUCAGUUUGUUGAGACUCACGUUUUAUAUAUAGGUCGUUUAUAUAAUAUUAUGUAAUAUGUACAUUGUAUUUAUAGUGAAUUAAUUAAUGAAAUACUGUCUUACAAUACAAACAUAGUAGGUAAAUAUGUAAAUGAAAAAUUUUAUUGAAUUUAAACUUUUUAAAUAUUAAUUAUUAAAGUUUCAUAAAGCUUAAAUAAGUUUGUGUAAACAACUUUAGAAACGCCUACUAAAUAAUCUAAUAAUACGCUAAAAUCUCUUACAAUGUGUAUGAUAAAAAUAACAUAAUAUACUUACAUAAACAUAAUAAUAUAAAUUUACUGCUUUAGCUUAAAAAAACCAUCAAUAAAAUAAUGGUUUUCAGAGUCUUCAAAUUGCCACAAGCUGAUCGACAUGUAAGUUGUAGGUACAGCAAUUGAUUUGUAGCACCACCUCAAUAUUUUCCGUCAUCUCUCGGGAGUUUAUUUAUUAGAUGUUCAAUGUAAUUCAAUGUAUUGUCUCAUUAGUAUAAAAGACGUUUCUGUGACAAACCUAGUCAACUCGUAGAUUCCGCGUUCUGUACGUUAAAUGUUAUUGAAUGGUGAUAUGUUUUUACUUAUUAUCAUGGGGAAUAAUUGUACUUGAUCAAUCCUAACUGAUAUUUUUGAAGUGAUAACUUCAUAUGGGAGGGUAAGCCACUUUGUAAUGUAACGCGUUACUCUGCCUGGCUUACCUUUCUGUCAAAUACGGCAGCAGGUUUUAGUUAUCACUUCUGUCGAACGUCCUGAGACACGCUUUUUUUUCAAAAGAAUGAGGAGUACAUAUAAAUUUCAUGAAUAACGUUUCCAAAAUUCCUCAACACAAAAUUAAAAGCAAUAAAUAAACUUUUGAAAUGACAAUUAAAAAGUACUUUGAUUUAGAUUUUUUUGUUCUGACGAUAUACUUAUUUCCUAUUUCUUAUAUAACCCAGUGUUAAGAUUGACAGUACAAAAAAUAUUACAAAGGCAUAGUUCGCGCCAUUUUUUAAAUUUUUACUAAGUAACGUACUCGUGCACAUCUUAUAUAACUGCAGGAAGAUUUUUUGGUGUGUGAAUUUUUUUUUUUGAUUGUUCUGUAAUGUUAAUGGAAUUUAAAUUUUAAAAUUCAAAUUCUAUCAUCGAUAUUGUUUGCUUUAAAAGUUGUGUACUCUUUUUCUCUUUAUGAAACAUGUCGUUCUAAUUUAGUAACGUAAUAAAACAAAAUACUAGACACAUUAUUACACCAAGUUUGCAAGAAUGCAAAAGCAUGAAAAUAUAUGAAUAUAUAAAAAUGAAAAAUAUUAUAUAUUUCGUUUAUAUACAAAAUAUUAAAAUAAUCUUCCUGUAUAUGUAUAUGUUCUUGCGUAUGUAUGUUACAGUUUAUGUUCUGAAGGUAAUAACAUGUCACUAUUAUUAUGUGUUAAAUGUUUUAGACUUAAAAAUAAGGGCCGAAAUCUUAAAUUUGCUACAAACAUAAUAUUACACUAGCACCGCACAUUACUAUCUAACCUAAACAAAUCUAUUUGAAUUACACUACACUUCAAAUGCAGAUGAAAUUGUUGAAAUUGAAUACUUUCUAUCCCUGUAAUAUUAAAUCCCUUGUAGAAUAAAUUGAAAAUAAUAAAUUUAAAGAAAGUGGGUAAUUAUACAAAACAUAUUAAAAAGAAAAUAGAGCAUAAUAAUUGCAAAACGCGUGAAAAAAACAAAUUAUUAUUAAAUAUGUUCUUUGUGACAUAGAAAUCGGCCCUUUUGAUAUUUUUUAUAAUAUUAAUAAGAAAUAAAAUCGUGCUAUGACCAUAUUAUUAUUAAUGUAUGUUCAUAACUAUAUUAUAAUGUACCCAUGAUAGCGCGUUAUCGAGUCGUGGGGCCAUAGUAUCAAAGUACAAAGGUUAACCACUAUUUUGGGAAGGUGUAUUUGAAAUUGAGGCUCAUUACUGGACAAACGCAAUAUUUGAUAACUGGCCCCAUUAGGACAAACUUAACAUUUGAUAACUGGCCCCAUUAGGACAAACUUAACAAUUGAUAACUGGCCCCAUUAGGACAAACUUAACAUUUGAUAACUGGCGCCAUUAGGACAAACUUAAUAUUUGAUAACUGGCCCAAUUAGGACUAACUUAAAAUUUGAUAAAAUGGCCCCAUUAGGACAAACAUAACAUUUGAUAACUGGCCCUAUGAGGGCAAACUGAACAUUUGAUAAAUGGCCCCAUGAGGACAAACUGAACAUUUGAUAACACGUUGACUACAGCAAGAACCAUUGUGUCUUAUUAGACAAAAUUGUAAAAUUGUCACUUAAAACUCAUAAUUUAAAAACAAAAAUCAAGAUCAUAGUACGAUUAAUUUAUUUCUCACUAUCGGCGAUAAAUCUAAUCAUUUUCUUAAUUAUUAUAUAGUUAUCAUUUUAUUAAUGUAUUUUCUAAAUGAAGGAUUGCAUCUAUAUAAUGUACUCGUGGGAUUUAGAAUGUCGACGGUGUUAGGUUUUUUAUAUCAUUUGUAUAUGAAAACGGAUUACACUAUUUUGAAAUUUUUGUUAAUUAAAGACAGACAAAGAAGCGCCUUUCAAGAAUAGAGAAAAAUAAUGAAAAGCUUAACAAAAGAAAUGUCCCGUGUUCUUGACAAAAGAAAAGAAAAAAAAUAUUAAUAAAUAAUAUAAGGAUUAGUUGAUUUUAAAAGAUAACAUCUACUUUUGUGUUUUUUUAAUAAAAAUAGUUUAGUAAUGGUUAGUUGAAACUUGGAAUGAAAGACAAUCCUUUAUAAAAAACUGGGACAUCUCCUUUUUUGAAAUUACGGUAACUAUAAGAGCAGAUCAUUUGUAAAGUUAUUGAAAGUUUAUUAAUUUAAUUGAUUUUUUUUGUAUUGUUACAUACAUUCAGAUACGUGCAUUUUAAUUAUUGCUUUCAACGCAAUUAGUAAUUAUUUUUAGAUAUUAAUUUUAUUGAUAUUAUUAAGAAGAUAUACGAAAUGUGUACAAUUAUAUUUUUUAAACAACAUAAUAUAUUAUUUAUUUUGUAUUUUGUGUAACAAAAUAGCAGGGCUAAUGAGUUAGUUGUAUGUAUAUCGGCAACUAUAAAUAUUUUGAUUGAUUUUAGUUAUUAAAGAAAUUAGUUGUGUAAGUUUUUUAUUAAUUAAUAUUUAGGAUGAAAUACAACUAUCUAUAAAACUAAUACUGCUCUGUUAUUAUUGAUUUGUAUGAAUGAUUAAUGGAAACCAAAUAAUACAUUGAAUGUGUCAAGUCUAACGAAUAACAUCCUGAUUUAGUAAAAAUUCAAUACAAUAUUUUUUUAGAAACGAAUAAUUAUUAUUUGUAUACAGCUAAAUCAAUGUAUAAAUAAAAUUGAAGGGUAUGUCUGUGAUUUAAAAAAAACCGUGUUUUCGAGUACUUCAAACACGAGCUUUUUCGUUUAUUUUAUCUGUCUUUCUGUUUGUCCAGGCUAAUCUCUCGAACGGCUUAACCGAUUUUAAUGGGACUAUUACUGGUAGGGUAGACCAUAUAAGCUACUUUUUAUCCCGAAAUACAGAAUAGCCCGCUGAUAGGAAAGUGACUCAGUCAAACAAGAUAACAACUUACCUCGACAGUCGUUUUCAAUAGACUAUCUAUCUUUAAUUUAAAAACCUUGAAAAAUAAUAAAUUCUGUAUCAUUAUGAAUAUUAGUAGCAUAUAUUAAAUAUUUAAUUAAAUACUGGCAAGACAUGUUAAAAGUUCAUUUUAUUGUAUUUUUGGGAAUGUUUGUGACGUGGAAAAUUGUUUGAAAAAAUGAAAAGUAGGUACUUAUUUUUUUUAUUUAAGACAUUUUUUUAAUUCAGCUCUGUAUUCGCUAAUUAUUACAGUACAUAAUAGUACUAGUAUGGUUAAGUACUGCUAGUAUUUUUCAUUUGCAGCUAGUGCGGCUUGUAAUGUAAGGCGCGGUUCAUACAUUAAUCUAUGGCAGGGCGGGUUAGCACUAUAAGUCGCAUCGUAUUAUUUAUUUAUUUAUAUGUACUUGUAUAUAGUCGUAUUGAAAACAGCUGUAUGCUGUUGUCAAAAAAAAAAAACUAGUCCGAUUGUAAAAAAAAAAUAUGAGCCUUCACGGGACGACUGGCAAAUGUGAAACAUCUCACUCUCAAAAUUAUUACGGUCAGACAUUUUAUUAACAGAAAAAUAAUUUGUUUUCAAGUAAAACACAGGUUAAGUGUACUGUAGUAAACAACACUGUACAAUACACUACAAUCAUUUUUAUCGGACAUCAAGCCGUUAGCGCUGCAGGCAUGUGAGAUUACUUGAUCGUCAGUGGCUGACAUAACCACCCGCUGUCGCCUCACGCGGCUUGAAAUACUACCGCAGCUCAUUUCAAAGACGUCGUGAACAUUUCGACUAAACCUAAUACGUAUUUAUGUAUAAACCGCACCUAAUAUGCUUACUUAGUUUAAUAGAUGUAUAAUUUCAAUUGAAUCUCUACUAUUCCAUAUAUAAUUAGUAAUUAAAUUUAAUGUCGAUUUCAUAUUUAAUUACUUGAACAGCUUCUAAUAUUAUCACUGUUUUGUAUGAUGGUAUUAAAUCCGAACCCUAGUUUCAUGCUAAUUGCACUAUUUUUAUCCUAUAGUUUUGUUUACUAAUUGCUUUACAUUUUUAAUAUAACCAAUAUUCCCCUCCAGUCAGUAGGAAAGUGUUAUACUCAUUAUUACGCCUCGGACACGUAACAGAAACGUCUCGCCUAAGCGCCGUCACCUCGCCGAUCGUUUGCCGGCAACGCGCUUCCCAUCACUUCGGAUGUCCGAGAGCUGGCUUGUAGCUUGUCCUGUACCCAGUGGCGUAGCGUGUCAUGGAAAGGCCCCGUAUCAAAAUUAGUUUGGGGGCUAAUUAUUGAAGGGUAAAGAUUUCUCACAAAAGAAACAACAAGCUCGCUUAAAAUAAAUAUGACAAUGAUUUAACCUAUGUAGGAUGUUUCCUACAUUUGGACGCACGCUUAAACACCCAAGGAAUUAAGUGAGAUUGUGGAUUACAUUUUACUAAUUUUUCCUUUACACAUAAGGGGCCCCUGUAGUCUGGGGGCCCCAUAUCAUUGAUACGGCUGAUAUGGCGGUAGCUAUGCUCCUGCCUGUACCUCCUAUGCUACCUUUAAUUGAAGUAAGAGGUCGGCUAGCUGUAAGUGGGUAGACGGCGAGGCGAUACGUAGUCGGUGCGUGUCCGCGGCGAUAGAUGAGUUACGAGCUUAAUCCAGUAAAGGGUAGAAAUCAAACUCACGACCUCACCUUGUUGAGUCCGGUCCCUUUACCGUAAUCUAUUGAGGCUUCAGUUAAUUGACAAGUUAACACUACUGCGAUCACACUUGACGUUAAGUGACGUAUCACUUUGUGGUAGGCCACAUAUCCGCAUCGUACGUAUUGGACGCAUCGCUUCAAACAGAUCGUAGUAUUACGUAAACUCAUCGUACGGAUCUAAAUCGAAUCUACCGCAACAUUAAAAAUGCGAUACUUCCGAUACGUACGAUACGGAUAUGUCGACGCCUACCAUUAUGGUCGUUCUGCCUCGAUGUUGUCAGUCCACACACUGCAUUACUCACGCAAUUAAUCGCGUGGAUUCGUACUUGUCCUUUCACUAGGACUCAAAACCUUUAAAAUAGGAAGCGGCGGGCAGGGUGAGUGGCAAAUAUGCGGCAGUACGAGUAACGUGGCCACACGACGUCUCUGCCUAAUUCCCUCUUGCAGUGUAUCGUGGGUAAAUAUGUAUAGGUAUAUUCUGUAAAGACAUUUUUACUUUAUUUUAUACAUACGUGCUUAAAUUAAAAUUGCCACUAAACCUAAUAUUUUUUUAAUUUAUUCAGGCUAAUAAUAAUAAUUAAGUUAAGUAUUUAUAAUCAAAAUAAGUAUGUAUUAAAUACGUAAAGAGAAAACAUACGUAAGUUAGCAAAGUAUUAGGUCGUAGAUACUUAGAAUUAAAAUUACUACAUAGUUUAAGACUGAAAACUGCGCUAUAUUACCUACCUAUUUUAUUUCUUUAAUUAUUUAUUUUUUAGUAGGUAUAUUUUAAAAGCUUGGUCUGGUGUUAAAGAAUAUUUUUUCAAGAAGGCAGCUGUUCAAGUAAGUAAAUAAAUAGUAGAUUAGUGUAGUGUUUAAUUAAGUAAUAAUAAUAAUAAUAACGCCUUCUACGUAUAACACUAGAUCUGAGUGGGGCAGUGGGCUUAAAAAUCCAGUAAUGUUUUUAUUACUUACUUCUUGACCUCUAACUUACCCAUCGAUUCGUAUAUGUAGGUCCAGAAGUACCUAGGUAUAUUAGUUCAGAAGUCUAGUUGUAUACGUAUAAGUAUUUAAUUUAUUAAUGUCGUAAGCUUAUUCCUCCGUACGUCAUACGUGUAUUCGAUAUAUUGUCAGUUUUGUCGUUUUAUCUAUGUGUUUUAGAUGUAUUUGAUGGGUCAAUAAACUUACCAAAGAC